AUGGAUCAAGACGAUACGAGUAACAUACCGGAUGUGACGUCAUUGUCUGAUCUUAUUACUACAUCACCUCAUCAAUCAUCAUCUGGUGCACACCCUCCAUCCAAUGAAAUUAAUAGAUCUGAUCCUAUAGAAUCAACAGAGUCAAUAAACACUGGUCUUAACCUUGCUGGUGUAAAAGUUAUCAGAAAUGAACCAAUUGAUGAGAGCGAACAAAGUGCGCAUCAAUUGAGUUCAAGCACUAACCAAAGCUCGAGCACGGAUCAACACCGCGUAGAACAAUUACUUCUGAAGCAACAACAGAAAUUGAAUCUUAUUGAUAAGAGAGAUGAGUUAGUACGACAUAGAACACAAUUAAAGGAUAACGUAGAAGAUCUUCGAAUUAAGCUUCGACAAUUUAAGUCAUUACAGGAACAGAACAUUACCAAACGAAAGUUAGAUAGUUAUCUUGAAGAUAAUACCCAUAGCUUUUCAACAAAGAGUAAUAAUUCUAGUGGUAGUACUAAUACAAGAUUUACAUUUGAUGAUAGUAAUGAUAAUGAUUAUAUCUUACAAAACUUUCAUGUUCUACCAUCUACAGAUUGGGAUCAUAGAUUAAGAUUAAUUAAGAAGUUUAUGCCCUAUCUAGAACUUGAUGGGAUUUCAACUGAACAAACUUAUGAUGAGAAUCAAAUUUUAAUUAGAAUUAUAAAGUUUACAUUGAUAUCUCCUUUAUUAUUCAAAUUUCCUAUAAAAUUACUGGUUGAUAAUCAUAAUGAAUCUAUUAAUCAAAUAAUAAUUAAUAAGUUUACUACCACAUUAUCAUUACUUUCACCUUCAUUUAAUUCAGUUCUUAUAAAGAAUUAUAUUCCUAAUAAACGGAUAAAUCUAAUAAUCUUUUCUUUGAAUUCUUUAUCAAUUCUACUACAUAAGAGAAUUAGUCAUUUUUAUAAAUUAAUUCGGAAACAUUGUUUAUUAAUUAAUGAUUCAAAUUUAAUACCUUUAUUACAAACGGAAGAAUUAAAUGAUAAUAUUAGAUUAUUUGCUAUACUUAAGCUGAUAACUUCAUUACAAUUUCAUGUAUCUACUAAGAGAAUUAUUAAGAUUAAUUGGGAAAUCUUAUUAUCAAAUGUUGUAACGGGAGAAUGUGAAUCCCGAUUAGAGUUAUUUAUAAUUGAACAACCACAAGUCAAUAGAUAUUAUCCUUAA